GACGAAACCGGGUUUAUCAUUGAACCUAGGCUCCAAAAAGUUAUAGCAAAAAAAGAAGCACGCCAAGUCCAUCAGGUUUCAUAUGGCAGCUCUCAUGAGCAUAUUUCAGUAUGCCCAACUAUAUCAGCACCAGCUGAAUUACCAUUUGCUAUAUUAAAGAAAGCAUAUGAUAAAGAGUGUGAGAGGUUUCGAACUAACAACAAUGAUAAGGUUGUAACAAAGUACACAUUCACUGAAUUAUUAGGACCAUCCUAUAUUGCAGCCUAUAUGCCUACCACAAUAUGCAAUGCCUUCAAGACUACUGAAAUUUGGUCAUUAAACCCUAGUGCAAUUGGUCCUGAUCGUCUAGAUCCUUCAUUACAAGAACUUGAAACCCUCAAUAACCCUGGUACAAGUCCUUUGUGGAAGAUACUUAAAUAUCUCUUGUGCCCCAACCUACCAACUGAAGAUCUGGAAGAUGACAAGGAGCAAUCUAGAGCCCAACCUCCAAAAAGAAAAAAAAGGAAAACUAUGCCCUUUUCUCGGCUUCUGACCAAUGAAGAAUCAUUAAAACAAUUAAAAGAAGCGGAGGAGGAGGCUGAAAGAAUGGUUAACGAGAAGCAAUGUAAAAAAGAAGUGGCCAUUCAAAAGCGAACAGCACGUGAAGCAGAAAAGGCACAGAAGCAAGAAGCACGAAGGAAAAAAAAAAAAAAUAUGGAGUGUAUAGGGGUGAAAAAGUAA